GUUCGCUCAACGCACCCGCUUCAUUCCGCUCCAUCAUCCUCGAGCUUCCUGCUGGUUCAGCCGCCACGCCACGAGCCCACGAGAGCACCACUGCCCGCGGGCUCGGGCACCGCACUGCCGCGCGCCAUGCAAAGCACUGCUGCCUCGUGGUCUUCGCUCUCGUCCCGGUCACAAGUUACUAGCCCGAAGUUGACACUGAAGAGUAGGACAACUGGAGGAGUAUCCUUUCGUAAUCCUAAGCAUGGAAAGGGGGACAUGGCCACCGUGGCUAACCUUGCAAACCAACCAGCACGGUCUAGGCAAGUGGAAACAUCACCGUUUGCACAACGCAAGGCCGAGCCAGGCCGCAUCCGGCCACCCCAUGCCACGGGCUAUCUCGGGGCUAAUCCGGCCAACUCGUGCCCGCUCACGCCGCUCGGCUUCCUGGAACGCGCGGCGACCGUGUUCGGCCACUGCCCCUCCGUCGUCUACCACGACACCGUCUUCACCUGGUCACAGACGCACCGGCGUUGCCUCCGCCUCGCCUCCGCGCUCGCUUCCCUCGGCAUCUCCCGCGGCGACAUCGUGUCCGUGCUGUUGCCCAACGUGCCGGCCAUGUACGAGGUGCACUUCGGCGUGCCCAUGAGCGGCGCCGUGCUCAACACCAUCAACACGCGCCUCGACGCGCGCACGGUCGCCGUCCUGCUCCGCCACUCCGGCUCCAAGAUCGUCUUCGUCGACCCGGCGUCGCUCCCACUCAUCCGAGACGCGAUGAAGCAGCUCCCGCCCGGGCACCCGGCGCCGCGCGUCGUCCCCGUCGAGGACCCCCACGAGGAGGAGUUCCCGGCCGCCCCGCCCGGGACCUUGACGUACGAGAGGCUCCUCGAGAAGGGCGACCCGGAGUUCAAGUGGGUGCGGCCGGCGAGCGAGUGGGACCCGAUGGUCCUGAACUACACCUCCGGCACGACGUCGGCGCCCAAGGGCGUGGUGCACUGCCACCGCGGGCUCUUCCUCAUCACACUUGACUGGCUCGUGGAAUGGGCCAUGCCGCCGCGGGCGACGUACCUGUGGACGCUGCCCAUGUUCCACGCCAACGGCUGGAGCUUCCCGUGGGGGAUGGCCGCGGUGGGCGGCGCCAACGUCUGUCUCCGCCGCGUCAACGCCGCCACUGUGUACGCCGCCAUCGCGAUCCGCGGGGUCACCCACCUCUGCUGCGCGCCCGUCGUGCUCAACAUGCUGGCCAACGCCCCCGAGGGCGUGCGACGGCCGCUCCCGGGAAAGGUGCGCGUCCUCACGGCCGGCGCGCCACCUCCCGCGGCCGUGCUACAGCGCACUGAGGCCAUCGGCUUCGAGGUCAGCCACGGGUACGGGCUGACCGAGACGGCGGGGCUGCCGGUGUCCUGCACUUGGAAGCGUGAGUGGGACAAGCUCCCCGCGCCGGAGCGCGCACGGCUCAAGGCGAGGCAGGGCGUGCGCUUGCCUGGCAUGGCGGAGGUCGACGUCAUCGACGGCGAGACCGGGCUCAGCGUACCCCACGACGGAUCCACGAUGGGCGAGAUCGUGCUCCGCGGCGGCUGCGUCAUGCUAGGCUACCUGAACGAUGACGAGGCAACCAGGGCGGCGAUACGCGACGACGGGUGGUUCUACACGGGGGACGUCGGCGUGGUGCACCCGGACGGCUACCUGGAGAUCCGGGACCGUUCCAAGGACGUGAUCAUCAACGCCGGGGAGAACAUCAGCAGCGUGGAGGUCGAGUCGGUGCUUUACGGGCAUCCGGCGGUGAACGAGGCGGCGGUGGUGGCGCGGCCCGACGAGUUACGGGGCGAGACGCCGUGCGCGUUCGUCAGCCUCAAGGAGGACGCGGCGGGGGCGGUGACCGCGGCCGACCUCAUGGCGUGGUGCCGGGAGCGCAUGCCGCAGUACAUGGUGCCCAGAACGGUCGUCUUCCGCGCAGAGCUGCCCAAGACCUCCACCGGCAAGAUCCAGAAGUACGUGCUGCGGAACCUCGCCAUGGAGAUGGGGCCCGCACGCAAGGGCGGCGGUACCGCGGUAGCAUAAGCUAACAAAGUAAUGAUUGGAUUGUUUGACAUUAUCAAUUACCCGAUCAAGAAUUCAAGAUCCAAGACAUCCGCAAUGAUCUUCAACAUU